AUGGGGGAGGUGUCCGAGGGAGUGGCUGAGAAUGUGGGCGGCGGGGACGAGGAAAGGCUGAGCUUCGAGGAACUGGGCCUUGACCCCCGCCUCAUUCGCGCGCUUUUGAAGAAGAAUAUUGAGAAACCGACUCUGAUCCAGCAGGCAGCAAUUCCUUACAUUCUGGUAGGUCACAGGCUUGCUCCGCAUCUCUGGAGGCAAAAGUUGAGUUGAAACGGUAGAAUUAAUGGGCUUCUAUCUGCUAUCAGAUUGGUAAAAAAAAUUAUGAGGCUUUUAAUGUAGUUACUUGGGAUAUGUUCCCCCUAUCCCUUUCAUCUGAAUUAUCUAAUUGUCUCUUUACGUCUACGUUCGUCAUUUUUUUGUGAAUUUUCUCAUGGAUAGUUUCUUUACAGGAAGGGAAGGAUGUGUUUGCUCGGGCACAUACAGGUUCAGGGAAGACUUUUGUUUACCUUCUUCCCAUGUUCCACAAACUGUUUGCUGAGAAUGGUCUGAAAAAGUCAGGACCGUGCGUCUUCAUUCUUGCACCAUCGCGUGAACUUUGUCAGCAGGUAUGACAUUAGUCUUAUGGUCCUUACCAAUAACUUCAAGUCAGUGAGUGCAUUUGUUGUUUCUUCUCUUUGUCGGGUUGUCUUGGAACGCUGAAUAUAUUAUUAGCUGUAUGAACUUCGUUGAAAUUGAUUCCCUUGCCUUUUUCUGUUGAAGGUUUACUCCGAGGCAUUAUCCCUCUUGGAAUACUGCAGAGUCCAAUUGAAAGUGGUGAAAUUGACGAAGGAUAUGACGGUCAAGGACCUGGUAGGUUCAUUUUUCUCUGAUCCUGCUCGUGAGGUAUUGAUUUCUAGGGAGAACUCACACGAAAACUUCUGACAAUCAACAGAGGAAACUGGAAGCCUUCUUGUUAAUUUUUAGUUAUUUUAUGAUACGUUGUUCUCUUCACAGACUGCAGCACUAGCUGACAAUCCGGAAGUUGUGGUGUCGACACCAGCGUGCAUUCUAAGUUGCAUUUCACGUGGCUCUCUUCAAGUGAAAAAUAUACAGGAGUCACUUUCAAUGUUAAUCCUUGAUGAGGUGUGAAGUUAAUUAUGAUGUUAUUUUUGUGAGAAUUAUAAAGUUUAUAUGAAUGAAAUAUGAAUUCGAGACACUAUAAGCCUACUAUUUUGGCAUGUGUUAUUUCAUUGUCUGGUUUUAUUUAAGUUAAUGUUUGCCUCAUAAGUCAGUGGUCGUAGACUAUGUUUCCUCAACUAAGUUUUUGCCAGUCAUCCUGUGCUUUCCUAUUUGUGAAACUAUUGUGCAAACUAUUGUGAAACUAUAUUUCACGUUUUCUGUCAUUGGAAUCAUUAUGCAUAGUAUAUUCGAGAUAAGGAGCGGCAUGAUAGUAAAUUUCCUCACAUACGUCCAGCAGAAAAAGCGCCAAAUCCACAGUUCUCUCAAUCUUUUUUUUUUUAUUUGUUUACUCUUUGCCCUUUGUUUCAUCUUCUCCCGUGGGACUACGCUGAGAACUCGAUGGGAGGGAGGACUCAAUGUCGUGACUUUUCCUGAGAGUAUCUCUUCAAACUAAUUGAUUUUUCCUCUAUUAUUAUCCCCAUAACUGUUCAGCAGUGCUGCCUGUGAUUACUCCUGCGUGAAAAGUUCAAAAUCUUAGUUGAAUCUCGGGUUCCACAAAUAACUCACCUGCACUAAUACUAUUCAUUUUUCUUCCAACUAAUUCAGUUCAGGGAGCUAUAUUUUAUUGUGUCCUCUCAGAGAGUUUUAUCUAAAACCUUUUGUAAGCCAGUCUAUCGCUGUCAGGUGUUGAAAUUGGUCUCUAGCUGUUUUGCAUGAUUCUCUUGGGAGGUUCAUUGUUAUGUGGACUGUAUACAUUUUUUAGUGACGAAGAGCAGAAACCAGUCUUUUUAAUGAAAUGAAACAAUGUUAUUAAAUUUAGUACAUUCAUCUAUCGUAGACCUGCACAUUUUUAAAAAUAAAUAAAUCAGGGUUGACUGUUUCUAAAAUGAUCAUCUAACAUGUACGUUUGUUUUUACUGCAGGCAGACUUUUUAUUUGACUACCAGCAAGGAAAUGAUUUGCAAGCUCUUGUCCCUCAUAUCCCUCGGCGUUGUCAAUGUCUUCUCAUGUCUGCAACUUCUAGGUUUGCUAUUUUUUCUUACACUGUAUCACUUUUAGUUUCUAAUAAUUAGAAAGGAUAAAAAUCAAUUCAUCUUCGUUAUAAUGAUGAGGAUUUGACUUUAUUGUGGCUUAGGUUGUAGUUGCACUUUGCAUUUCUUUUUUGAGCAUACUUAAAUAUAGUACAUAUUCUUUUCAUCCUUUAUCAAAUUUAAUCGGUAGUGCUGUUCACUUUCCCAUAAAAAAAAUGUUACAUCAUUUUCACAUCAACUGUAGCUGCUCUUUGUUAGGCUCGUCUCCUUUGGGAGUAGUCUUCGGAAAUGUCUCCCUUGGGAGCAGUCAUGAUCAGAUGGGUUUUCAGUGAGUAGUGUAUCUUGUCAGUUUUUUUUCCAUUCCUAUAUAUAAUAUAGAAAUCCCUUUUAUGUAAUGAUCUCCACAAUUUAGACAGAAAUGGAAUAGUGAUGCGGGGAUCUUGGGUGCAAACAGGUGAUAUUUUAGUAGGUAAAUUCAUGCCUCAGAUAGCAAACGAAUUGUCGUACGCCUAAGUUGUAGAAUUUGCAUUAUUGCAUGGUUUUUGUUGCUGUUGGGCUUUAUGGAUCAUUAAUGAUGGUGCCAUCUAGAGAAGGAAACCCAUGGGAGAAAAACCCACGUAAGUCGAUCAUAUUUCUAAGAACGUAAUUUGAGUAAGUGGCUAUGCCAAGAAUGUUUCCUGUUUUGUGUGGAUAAGGGUUUUAUCUAAAACUUUACAUUUGAGACUUUUUCCUCUUUUGAUCUUAAUAGUUUUGUAGAGCCUAAUGCAAUCUUUCUCUUCUUUUCAUAUGAUGAUGGCUACCAGUGAUGAUGUUGAGCAGUGGAAAAAACUUGUGUUACACAACCCAGUGACUAUAACCUUGUCCAAUGAUGAAUCCAAGGAUAAUGAUGAUAUUGUACCAAAAAGCAUUCAACAGUUCUGGGUAAGCAGAUCAUAAUCAUUGCCAGGUGAAAUGAUUCGACUAUGCUUCAAUAAUCUGGCUAAUAAUCUCAUUGUGAGCUUGGGUCUACGGAAAUGCCAAUUUACUUGCCUUUCCUUUCCACUGGAGAUUUUUUUGUAAAUUAGUAUUAUAUAGUACAUCUUGUAUGAAGUUAUAUAAAGUGUGUUUUAUGCUGUGUAAACUAGGAUAUUUAUGUUCUACUCAACGAUUUAUAUUUUCGACAUUUGCCUAACAAAAGUUUUUAGAUUCUAGUUACCAAUUUUUUCCCUUUAUUUCUGGGAAGCCUUAUUUUUACUUUGUCAGAACACGCUCUGUGAGCUUCUUUAUCUGCCAUUUUUUGUACAUUUUCGGUUUUUUCAUGUCUUUAUCUGCCAUUUUUCCCACCUCCAAGCAUGUUUAUCAAGGCUUUGUUGUACUCCCCUGAUCAGACCCUUUGACCAAACCCGGAAUUCAAUCAUCUAACUUGGUUCUGUAUCUUUAAAAUGCUUAACUCCUGAAAUAAGAUUAGGACUUUGUGUCAUACUAGUGACUUAAUGAAUGUCAAUAUCUAAAAUUUAAUUGAAAUGUUUCUUCCAUCUCCAGGAAUGUUUGAUUCGUGCAAUUUUUUACCUCAUUUCAUGACUAGUACCUCAAGCAGAUGCCAAUUUUGACAACUGACGAGGGAAGUGCCAUGUGGAUUUAUUUUCGAUGCUCCAGUUUUUGUUAAUUUGUAAAUAUCUUUUAAUUUUUCCUAAAACCUUGCGAAGUAUGCUAUCUCUCUCUCUCACUCUGCAUGUACAUUUUUAAAUAGGGAUUUUUUUUCACUGGAAAAUUCCUCAUCUUGGUCAUCGAAUAAUCACGCAUAUCUGUAAUAGUAUUCUAUUGAUAGAACCUGCUAUUCUAUGUUUAUCGAAGUUCCCUGUGUGCUAGUUUUUCCAAUACGAGAAAGCAAGCACAUCGUUCCAUUCUAUCUCAUUAUCUCAUGAUGCGUAGUUGGGUGUUUCUCUUUUUAUUGGAUCAGCUUGCAUAUUAAAUUUGCACAUGAAAUAUAAAUAAUACUCUUUUCGUCUUAUUUUUGCUUUCAGAUUUCAUGCAGCAGUUCUGAUAAGCUGCUUCACAUUCUUGCACUUCUGAAGUUGGGACUGGUUCAAAAAAGGGUGUUGAUAUUUGUGAAUUCUAUAGACAACGGUUAUAGACUGAAGUUGUUUCUGGAGCAGGUAAGGCUACUUUUAACAUUGCUUUCAAUGGAAGUGCGAUGUUAUAUGCUGAUUAGUUUUCUUUCUCAUUUAAAGUUUGUGGAGAUCGAUUUCUGUUUCCUCUUUAACGCAAAUCCGCGAAAUAGGUGUCUUGCUGGACAAUGUAUGAAUGGCAGUGUAAUGAUAUAAUAGAGCAUCUCAUUGGCUAUUUAAGUCUUUUCUUAUACUGUUUUUCAUAAUUCUGCAGAUCAUCACUGCAUUUUGUGUUAAUAACUUAAAUUGUGAUAAUUUCGUGUUAAUACAUUGGGACAAUAUCUUAUGCAUGUUUUUUGCUGGUUUUUUUUUUUGAAAUACUUUGUUGUGGCAGUUUGGGCUGCAGUCUGCCGUCUUAAAUGCUGAAUUGCCACAAAAUUCGCGUCUUCAUAUUCUCAAGGCAAGUCAUGAAAUCUGUCUUUUUCUUUUUGUUUCAUCAUUUUUUUCCAUAGAUGUCGUGUUCUGUUUUAUGAAAAAAAUCUUCUUAAAAUUUACUUUAUGGAUAUGCUAUAUUUUUUUUGUUUCAUUUUUUAUCAUAGUCCAUUGUCCUAAUUUCUUUCGUGAUACACAACACUGAAGUUAUUGUAGCACGUGUCUUGAUCACAAUUUCUGUGCGGGUAUUUAUGAUUUCUCUAUGAUAAGGUUGCAGACGAGACUUCAUAUUUUUGUCAAGUAUUAAUAAUUAAAGGAAACUGGAGGGUUUUCAGUUCCUCAGUUUGUUACUUUUUAUGUUGUUCAGUAUGUUCAAUUCAUCCCUUUGUAUGCUAUGAUUUCCUGCAUCUGGGAAUUUCUUCCUUGAUUUGAUAUCCGUGAUUUCUUGAACCAACACAGGUUUCACAUCAUAUCUUCAUGUAAACAUGAUAGCUAUUAAGCAUUGUGGUUUCUGCCCGCUAAUUUAUUUUCGAUUUUCUGGUUACAUUAGGAAUUCAAUGCAGGGUUUUUUGAUUACUUGAUUGCUACGGAUGACAAAAAGAUAAAGGAAGAACAGAAUGCCAAAGUGGAUCAUGCUCGAUCAAAAAAAUCUAAGCAGGCAAAAAAUAAAGCAGAUACUGAAUUUGGUGUUGUGAGAGGGGUUGACUUCAAAAAUGUCUACACGGUAAGUUAUGAUUAACGAUUACCAUAAAAAUGUAAGAAUGGCUGUAUUCUGUUGCUAUAUUUCUUCAUCUGAUUUACUUUUGGUAUGUCUUUCUUUGUGUUGUAAUCACUAGAGAUUGUAAUGCAUAUUUUUUAAAUUGUCAUAUUUCAAUAGCUUACCACUUCAAUCCUUCGGUGUGAUUAGUAUGUUUAUGCCUAUUAAGUGAGAGUAAUAACUACAGACUUAAUUGAGUAGACUUACAAUGGAUGGAAGAUUGAAAUUAUAGUAUUGUAAAUUUUGCGAAAAUGUUUCAGAAAAAGAAUGAGAAGAAAUAAAAAUGAUUCUAAGUUGAUUCUGCCAUAUUUUUAUUUAGUAUUGUCAUCAUCUUGAAAUCGGAUGGCUGAGAAUGGCUUACCAUAGGAAUCUAUUCAGAUUGGAAUCGAUGCUUGUUGAUUAGUUCCAAGGAGCUAAUCUGAUCCCCCUGAUAACUUAUUGGAAAAACAGUCAGUCAACUUUGAUGUCAGCCAACUUUGCUUGGGUUAACCAAUUUUUGGCCAUGUUAGGCGUUCAGCUGAUUUCAGUGGGAGGUAGAAGCUAUGAAGACGGAAACUAAGAAGAGAGAAGAACAGUUUGGAUGCUGCGAUUGCCAGAUGGAAGACCAAAGGGUGAUCUCAGUGGGACGUUUAGUUGUUUUAUCCAAAGGGUGAACAAUGCCCUCAAGUCCUUCUAUUAUCCUGUUUUCUCCCUCAGUACUUCCCGGAUUAUAUGAUCUCUUCACUAAGUGGCUGCUCUUCUUCAAAAUGAUUAUUUUAGGAAACUAAAACUGACACUCCAAACUAGCUGGAAGCGUUGAUGCGUGAAGAGAGAAGAAGAAAAAAGGGAAAAAUAUGACUGACAGACCAAGUAUAAAGGUGCUGCGUCAGACCUAAAUCUGCGCUGGGAUUUUUGAAGUCGAUAAUUAUGCCCUUAGUCUGAAAAUACCAUCUAAAGAUGAUGAAAAUAAUAAGUGUUGUCCAACUUUUACACCCCUCUCAAGCUGGUAGAGGAUAUCUGUCACACUCGACUGACCUACUGAGUUAACUUGGAAGACCAUCCCUUAUGUAAAAAGAGCUGCAAUUUUAUCUCCUGAAACUCUUUGAGAGAAUACAACUUUGUAUAAACCGAUUUUUCUCUAAGAAAAUUACCGUCAAUUCAUGUGUUUGGUCUUUGUUGUGCUGCUUUGCCAUCUUUGGCUGAGUUUGAAUUGUAGUUUCGCGUCAAUGCCAUAGCCUCCUAAGUAAUCUAACUACCAUAAUUCACGUUAACCAUGAAUUCAUUCCUCUGGGCGGCUCAAUUUCUUCACUCGAAAAUUAUAUUUACUGUUUCUCUUGUUAAUCACAGAUUUUAACUCCCUAUAAUGUUGAAUAGGAUGUGGAAGACUUCUUGUCCUCGAGAGACUGUGGAGCUAAUCUUAUUCGAUAUAGCCUUUAAUUCUCAAAUGAUCGAUUUAUUUCCUAGUCCUACCUCUAUCUUAGACCUCUGCCAAUGGAACCCUGAUUCUGACUCCUAGGAUGUAGAGAUAGAGGGGAUGACCCAAACGCAGGGUGGGAAGUGUGCCAAUUUUACUGUGUAUCUUCAAGCCUCUACAGUUUUCUAUAUUUGCCUCUUUUAUUGCUAUGUUAAAAAAAAACCUUGGGCAAUAGGGAUAGUCCAUGACAUGCUUGCCUCGUUGCCAUCUUUUUUUUUUUUACUCAGUGACUGAUUUUGCUUCCCUUUUCAUUUUAAGUAAAGUACUGAUCUUUAUGACAAUUGUUACCAGGUUAUAAAUUUUGACAUGCCUCACAGCUCGUCAGGAUAUGUGCACCGGGUUGGCCGUACUGGUCGAGCAAACUCUGCUGGCACAUCCGUCUCUCUUGUAAGUUUCUGUAGACACUGGAGCUCCUCUGCACUGUAUUCACAGAGAAGUGUACUUCUCUAUUUCAUCUUGGAUAGGUUUCUGUGAAGAAGUUGUGAUACUGUCUUCUAGUAUGCUUUAUGGUUGACCAAAUAAUCUUCAGAUAUCGGUCAACAGUCCAGAGAUAUGUCAACUUGUGCCCCAAUGUCUCCAUACCUGCUUCUACCUGGAUUCAGUCCUCUCUGCCUCAUGCAGACUCUAAAUCUGAAUUACAUCUCAAACCACCCCCCUACCGAUUAUAGAUGAAGAUCAUUAUUUUUCUUGCUUCUCUUUCUUGCUUGGCGGGUGAAAGCCUGAACGAAAUGCUGAAUUUUAUUCUUAUCAUUUGGCCAACAGGUCUCUCCAGAGGAGUCGAAGGUUUUUGAUGAUAUCAAGAUCAUGUUAGGAGAUAAUGACAAGGAAUCUGCGAAAUCUCUUUCCCCAUUCCCUUUUCUUACUAAAGGUGCGGUGGAGUCUUUAAGAUAUAGAGCUGAGGUAAGGGUUUGCAAUUUCCAAUUUCCUAUUUUAGAUCAGCGUGAUGGAAUAAUCUGCUGUUCUUGAUAACUCGUAAAUAAUCUACUGAAAAUUUUCCAACACUGUUAUAUGUGGGAGUAAACAUCUCUUUGUCCACAGGAUGUUGCUAAGGGCGUAACAAGAGUUGCUAUAAGAGAAGCGCGCGCCCAGGAUCUGAGGACUGAGAUUAUUAAUUCUGAUAAGUAAGUUCAAACCCCUUUCCCAUUUAAUUAUAAUGUUUCUGUAAUUGAGUUCUAGAUGUCAGAGGGGAUAGUAGUCCUUAGAGCGAUGCAAAGUGCACUUUGAUGAAUAUGACAUCAUACUUGUAUCAUAGACGUGCUAUUUAAAUGAUAAUAUAUUCAUAAAUUCACACUGGAUUAAUAUUUAAUCCAACUAAUGACGUAACAUAUACAGAAAAUAAAUAAAUUGGGUAACCUUUUUUUUCCUUGAUUAUUCAAAAAGGCCAUAAACAAUUUCAACUUAUCUAUUAUUUUAUGCAUUAUACAAAAUGGAUUUAACUGGACCAAUACCAUUAUAUUCUUGUAGUAUUUCUAAGAGUAGUUCUUAUAUUAGUGGGCCUGGGAGUAAUUUUAUUUACCAAUCCAAUGUAUUAUGUUUUUUCUUCUGGAUAAACGAAAGUUUGGAUGAUAGACUGGUCAACUUUACUCUAGUGAUCAGUUUUCGCUUUAAUACGGUGCACGGAUUGAAUGGUCAUAAUAACUCUGAACGAGGAAAAUGAUAAUGUGAACAAAAACUCUGAAUUAUUUAAAGUGCUUGAUUAUUUUUCCUAUACUCCUGGAUUUCUGUUCUGGGUAAAAAAAUAUGCAAUCCUUUGAACUAUGAUUAGCAUGUGGGCUUCUCUGGUCACAUUUAUAUCUUUUAUUUUCAGGUUAAAGGCCCACUUCGACAAUAAUCCGAGAGACCUAGGUAAUGCAACCACAUGGGCUUUAUAUUUUUUCUCGGAUUUAUUUAUUUAUUUUGUUUCAUCUGGUAAAUAAAAAUUCGCGAGUUUGGCAGAUAUUCUGAAGCAUGACAAGGUGCUGAGCAAGAAGCCACCCCCUCUCCAUCUCCGAGAGGUGCCGGAGUACCUCCAAGACUCCACCACCAAGCAGGUCAGCAAGAUCAUCAAGCUCUCCAGGGCUGCCAUGGACUUGAAGCCGCCAAGCCGGCGGUCCAAGGCCAGGAGAAGGCUCGGCAAGAGCAAGGAUCCCCUCGCAACUCUCCCUUCUGAUGUAAGAUAAAAAAAAAAUCUCAUUAGCUUCUAAUUACGUAGUGAUCUAAUGAAUAGGCCUUGUCCAGCUUGGGCCCUGGGGGAAGAAAUCUUUCUUUGGCCUUUGAGAAGUUAUAAUUCCUUCUCCUGGUGAGUAAAUUCUUUCUGACUGGAAAUCUUCAGGGGAAGAAAUCAGGCAAUGGUUGGAUGAAGAGGAAGGCCAGCGGCAGUGAAGCCAAGAGGAAGAAGGCGAAGCAAGAGGAACCCUAA